UGACAGAUCACAUAUGUACAGAGUAGAGAAAAGAGAGAGACCAAAAAACGCAAUAAGAACUGGACCUUGAUGGAAAUCCACUGACACAUAUCAGAAACAUUAGCAGACAACGGUCAUGGAGGGAAAUACAACUUUCAAUCACAGCCACACCAACAGCACUUGUUCCCGGGACAACGUUUUGAAGACGGUGGCUUUCCCUGUUCUCUACUCUUUCCUUUUCUUGGUGGGGCUAUCACUCAAUGGCAUGGCGGUCUGGGUGUUUUUUCGCAUCCCCUCAAAGUCUCACUUCAUUAUCUACCUGAAGAAUAUUGUGGUUGCGGAUGUCAUGAUGACUUUCACAUUCCCUUUCAAGGUGUUGUCAGACUCCAACAUGGCUUCCACUGGGCUGCGGAUAUUUGUGUGUCGUGUUUCCUCAGUGCUCUUCUACCUCACCAUGUAUAUCAGCAUCCUCUUCUUUGGCCUCAUCAGUAUUGAUCGCUGCAGAAAGACCCUCAAGCCUUUCAGGGGGACUAAUGCAGCCCGGUUGGUCCGCCGGAAAGUCCUAUCAGGAGCCAUCUGGACCUUUCUGCUGGUUCUCUGUCUGCCCAAUGUGAUCCUGACACAUAAAACCCCGACUUCUCCGUACUUCAAGUGCAGCGACCUAAAGACAGGGGCUGGGCUGUACUGGCAUGAGGUGGUAAAUCAUGUCUGUCAAGUUAUUUUCUGGGCCAACCUGGUGACUGUAAUAGCAUGCUACACUCUAAUCAGCAAAGAGCUGUACAGAUCCUACUCCCGCACAAAGUCCCGCAGCACUGGAGGGUCAGGGAAGCCCGACCAGGCCAAAAGAAAAAUGAAUGCAAAUGUGUUCCUUGUUCUGGCAGUGUUCUUCGUGUGCUUUGUGCCAUUUCACUUUGCCCGUGUCCCGUACACCAUCAGCCAGACCCGAGUUCUAUUUGACUGUAAACUCAAACUCUUCUUCUUCCAGCUGAAGGAAAGCACACUCUUCCUCUCAUCUUUAAACUCUCUUCUGGACCCUCUCAUCUACUUCUUCCUCUGUAAGUCCUUCAGGACAACUUUGUUCAAGACCCUGCAGCUGCCUUCUGGUACCUGUAGCUGGCUGAUAAGGGGUUCAGACACGGAUACAAGCAGCACCCCUCUAAGAGACUCUUCUGUCUGUACGUAAAACCACUAGAUGGGAUAAAGACAUUCAUACGUAUCUGAAUGUGCACGUUCUGUUGCCAGAUCAAGUAGUAUUUGAUUAAGAUCAAGUCCAAAUUAAGCUUUUUCAAAACAGAGAAUAAGGUCAUUGCCAGUGGGAAAAGUUAAAAAGUGUUAACAUGAAUGAUGAUGUGUUCUUACUUGUGUUAAACCUGAAGAACCUAUGCUGGCAUGUUUUUAUUUGUUUUCCUUUCUGUUCUCUAUUCCAGUUAAUAACAACAUGAAGUUCCUCUUAAUUUUUUUCAUACAUACUAAUCUUGAAAAGAAAUAUGAUGCAUUCAUUUACAAACUGCUCUAAAAUAAUCUACCUGUAUAAUAAACCUCAAGUCUCCCAAGUAA